AUGUUAGCGCUCAACAGCUACGGCCUGGCCCCGCGAGCCAGCGGCAGCAGCAACAACGCCGCCCCGGAGCGCGUGACGCUGCCGCGCCUAUGUGGCGCUGGGCUGCCUGCCGCGCGCGAGAUCCGCUCGCUGGGCAAGCUGGACAUCCUGGCGCGUAGGCCGGGCCACCCGCUGUUCCGCACCACGACGGGCUACGACUACGGGCGCUACCUGGACUUCCAGGACGUGGCCCUCAGCUGCCCCAAGUACGCGCGGCCCGCCGCCUUCACCAAGGAGUUCAUCGCCGGCAACUACGCGGACAGCAGUCUGCUCUCGCUCGAGAACAGCCGGAGACGCUCCGAGAACUGGCAGCAGAAGAUGGCGGUGCGCACCUCGCGGAUGCGCGUCAAGUACGCCGAGCUGCAGCACGUGCUGGAGGAGAAGAGGGAGCUGCGCCGCAUCGAGCGCGACCGGCGCCGCCACGAGAUGGAGCUGCUGCGCUCCGCCGUGGUGCAGCUGCAGGCCAGGCUGCGCGGGUUCCUCACGCGGCGGACGAUCUCCCAGGAGAAGCUCAAGCGUGACACGGAGGCCGCAUUGUGCAUCCAGCAAGCUAGUCGGGCACGCGCACGAGUCCGCGUUGCCAAGAAGGUGCUGGAAGCCAGGCGGCGAGAGAAGCAGGAGGUGUUCGUCGUCAAGAUCCAGCGCGUCUGCCGGAGCUUUCUCCAGCACAAGCGCGCCAAGCGGCAGCUGAUAAGUCUGCGCGAGGCCAAGCGACAAAAGGCUAUCGACCUCGAGCACGAGGCUCUGCGUCAACGCGCUGGUGCAGCCAAGCAGAUCCAGCGGCUGGUGCGAGGGCACCUUGCUCGGAAGGACCUCCAUCGCCAGCCUUCUAGUGCCUCCAGCACAACGUCGGACAAAGAUGACAAGGAUGCGCUGCUCUCGAUCAACGGGAGGAUUCGCAGUCGCGGUGCGCGCCGGGUUAUCGCUCAGAUGCAACAAGUGCGGCGCAAGCACACCAAGGCCGCCGCACGUAUCGCUGCUUUACCGCCUAAAUAG